AUGGCUCGGGCUGCGCUUUUCGCGCUCUCCCUGGCGCUGCUGAUGGUGACAGCGCGCGCCGGGAGCCCCAUCACAAGCUCGACGGCGAACGAGAAGCCCGACGCGAGCAGCAAGAAGGACGACGGGCUCAUGACCGAAAUCCCCGCGGCCAUCGCGAAGCAGGCGGCGGCGGGCGACGCGGCGGGAGUGACAUACGUGGACACGGCGCAGGACACGUUCUUCAUGGCGGACGUGAAGAAGGCCGGGUGGAACGCGCAGAAAUGCCCGCCGGGUUUGAACAAGGAGCUCGCCGGCGCGUGCACGCCCAAGAAUUGCUCCAAGGGCGGCAUUCCCGCCAAGUGGAAGACGGCGUACCUGCAGAAGAACAAGCUCGGGUACGAGCUGUACGUGCCGGGUAACCCGCUGACUCUCCUCAAGGCGAACCCCGCGUCGUGCUGCAACACGUGCGCCGCGACGCCGCUGUGCACGUACUGGCAGUACAUUCCCGAUAUCACGAUCGACGGCAAGAAGGGCAAGGGCGCGUGCUACCUGAUCCACGAUCAGAUCGACUUCACGUGCGGCGAGAUGACCGCGCAGUACAGCACGGAGACGAAGCCCGUGCCGCUGCAGGUGCGCAUCGGCGGCGAGUGCAACCCGAGCGCCAAGAUUCUCAACGACCCGCAUCUGUUCCGGCCGGUUCGCGUGUGCGUGCCGCUGCCGAAGCUGAUUGGCGGGAUGGGAGACAAGAAGAAUCGACUCGCCAAGACCGCCCGUCGGUACGUGGGUCAGGCCACAGGGCCUGAGAGCAUAGCUUGGGACCCCAGUGGGCGAGGCCCGUACGUGAGUGUGAGCGACGGGCGCAUUCUCAGGAGGAAGGCGGACGACAGCGGUUGGGAGGAGUUCACCUAUGCCUCGCCGCACAGAACCCCGGCGUUGUGCGACUCGCGCACCCCGAAGCUUGCACUAGAGGACAAAUGCGGCCGGCCAGUGGGAAUGGCUUUCCACCCCACCACGGGGGACCUGUACUUUGCUGACGCGUACUACGGGCUCUUCAAGGCGAGCAGCAGUGGCGGGCAGGCGACGAAGCUGGUAGAUGUGGUGGAUGGGACGCGCAUGAUGAUGUGCAACGACCUUGACAUUGACGCCGAUGCGAAUGUGGUCUAUUUUACCGACUCCAGCUCGAGAUGGGCGCGCAGGGACUUCCUCCCACUCUUACUUGAGGGGCGCAAGGAUGGGCGGUUCAUGAAGUAUGACAUUGCCACGGGCAAGACCUCUGUUCUCGUGGACAAGGUCGCGUUCGCAAACGGCGUCGCGAUUUCACGGGACAAGAAGUUUGUCGUCUUCUGUGAAACGACCUACCUCAGGUGUCACCGGUACUGGAUUCGAGGCCCUAAGACUGGGAAGAAGGAGCUUUUUGUGAAGCUCCCAGGAUAUCCAGACAAUCUCAGUCUCAACCCCAGAGGGAGGUUCUGGAUCGCACUCAACUCCCGCAACUCGCUUGUAACAGCUUUACUUAUGAGGACUCCUAUCAUUCGAGGAGCAGUGUUACAACAACAGGCAGGGUACAAUUUCGCUGUGGGCACUUCAGAACGCCUAGCAAGUGGAAUACUAGUUGAGGUGGAUGCAAACGGUAAGGUAACUGAUAUUCUUGAGGACAAGAACGGCAAGAGAAUAAAGCAGCUAAGUGAGGUUGUGGAAAGAGAAGGCAAGCUGUGGCUAGGAUCUGUUGUCAACGACUUUGUUGGAACAGUGAACUAUAAUGCAACUCUUGGGAAUGCCGAGGCGGGGCUGACAAAGCGGUGGUCCAAAAAGUUCAAGGCCGCGCGAGUGAACCUUCCUCCUGCAAAACUCUUCCCAAGAACGGACAAGAAGAACCGACUCGCACGAGCCACUAAGCGGUACGAGGGUGAGAUGACAGGCCCGGAGAGCAUUGCGUGGGACCCUAACGGCAAGGGCCCGUACGUGAGCUUCAGCGACGGGCGAAUCAUGCGACGCACAGACGACGACAGCGCCUGGGAAGAGUUCACGUACGCGUCGCCGCUGCGAACUGACGCGAAAUGUAACUCGAAGAAAACCAGACCGGAGCUGGAAACUAUCUGCGGGCGGCCGCUCGGCCUGGCGUUUCACCCCACUACCGGAGACCUCUAUUUCGCGGAUGGAUAUUUCGGCCUGUACAAAGUCAGCGCCGCGGGCGGGCAGGCGACGAAGCUCGUCUCCGCACUCGACGGGAGGAAAUUUAUGAUGACGAAUGACCUAGAUAUUGACGCGGACGCGAAUGUCGUGUAUUUCACGGACGGCAGCUCGCGUUGGUACAGGCGAGAUUUUCUGCCGCUGACGCUGGAAGGCCGGAAGGACGGACGGUUCAUGAAGUACGACAUCGCGAGUGGCGUGACGACGGUGAUUGACGAAAAAGUGGCGUUCGCGAACGGCGUGGCGAUUUCGCAGGAUAAGACGUUUGUGGUGUACUGCGAGACGACCUACCUCAGGUGCCACCGGUACUGGAUUCGUGGACCAAACACGGGGAAAAAGGAGGUGUUUGUGAAUUUGCCGGGAUACCCUGACAACCUCAGUCUCAACCCCAGAGGAAGGUUCUGGAUCGCACUCAACUCGAGGAGGUCACCUACAGCAACUGUUGCAUCCCAGACCCCUCUCAUCCGGGAGACAUUUGUGGAAAACAAGCUUGGGUACAAGAUUGUGAAGGCCACACAGGACCAGAGGGCCAGUGGCAUUGUGGUGGAGGUAGAUGCGGAUGGCAAAAUCACCAACCUGCUGGAGGACAAGAAUGGGAAGGUGGUGAAGGAUGUGAGUGAAAUCGUGGAGCAUGAUGGGAAGUUGUGGAUAGGCUCCGUUAUUGAGGAUUAUAUUGCCACCCUCAAGUGGCCGUAG